UAUGGGCUGUAGCCUAACUGCAGGGCUUGCAUUAGUCCCUCCAAAUGCCAAUGUGUUGCCGUUAACUAAAACCGUAGUGAUUUGUAAUGGUGAACGUAUGGUCUUGAAGUGUGUAUAUGGUGUGCUUCAGAUAACCGCUGCAAACUAUGGACGUACUAAUAAAGGUGACUGCUCUGGAAGGCGUCCAGUCCUUCCCCAAAACACCAACUGCAACUUCAAUGCGCUGGCUCCUGUUUCACAAAGCUGCAAUGGGCUGCAUAGUUGUGAGCUUUUUGCUACAACUGCAAUCUUCACUGAUAUCUGCCCUGACAUGAACUCAUAUCUUUCAGUCACCUACUACUGCCUCCCACAUGAAAUCCGUUCAAGUGCAGUCUGUGAAAAUGCCAAUGCUAACCUGAAAUGUGAGGAUGGGUCUUCCCUAAACAUUAACACUGCUAACUACGGGCGAACUGAUAGCCACACAUGUUCUGCUGGACGACCUGCUUCUCAAGUUGCGAAAACUGACUGCUAUGCCUCAAUUUCGAAGUCAACGCUUGCCUAUGCAUGUAACGGAAAGAACAGCUGCUCCAUUUCAGCCUCCAAUGGUGUUUUCUCCGAUCCGUGUGUCGACACAUACAAGUACCUGUACACAGCAUACUCCUGUGUGCCUCAGUCUAUGUUUUGUCUCAGGGUUAUUCUCAGCUUGCUUAUGGGCUGUAGCCUAUCUGCAGGUGUUACAUUAAAUGUAGCCCCUCUAGAUGCCGACGUGUCACCACGAACUAAAACCAAAGUGAUCUGUAAUGGUGACCGUGCAGUCUUGAAAUGCGAAUAUGGUAUGCUUCAGAUAACUGCUGCAGACUAUGGACGUGCUAAUAGAGAUGACUGCUCUGGAAGGCGUCCAGUCCUUCCCCAAAACACCAACUGCUACUUCAAUGCGCUGGCUCCUGUUUCACAAAGCUGCAAUGGGCUGCGAAGUUGUGAGCUUUUUGCUACAACUGAUAUCUUCACUGAUCCCUGCUCUGACAUGAGCUCAUAUCUUUCAGUCACCUACUACUGCCUCCCACCUGAAGUCCGUUCAAGUGCAGUCUGUGAAAAUGCCAUUGCUAACUUCCAAUGUGAUGAUGGAUCUCUCCUACACAUUCAUGCUGCUAACUACGGGCGAACCGAUAACAGCACAUGUGCUGCUGGACGACCUGCUUCUCAAAUUGCCAAAACUGACUGCUAUGCCUCAAAUUCACAGACUCUGGUUGCUAAUGGGUGUGAAGGGAAGAACAACUGCUCCAUUUCAGCCUCCAAUGAUGUCUUCUCAGAUCCGUGUUACGGGACAUACAAGUACCUGUACACCGCAUACUCCUGUGUGCCCAGUUUUAUUGGAGCUGAUCUUGCUGAUUUGGAUUAGCAUCUCCACAUGGCUGCAUUAAAUGUUUAAGCGGUUCCUUACAGUAACCAUGGUUUAAU